GUCUAUUGGGUCAAAUUCGUAUGUUUCUCUUUUGCCUCGCAAUUCAAUCUCUGUUUUAUACUCUCGAAACCAAGAUCAAGAAGCGAAUUCCCCCGUUUCUCUGUCGCAGCACAGCAGCACCCCUUCUUGUUCUCCGAUUGGUGAAAGAUUCGGUUCGAUUCCAUGACCAUUUUCGCUGUUUCUCGACCUUGAAAACUCCACCUUCCUCUUCCAACUUCAUGGCCUAGACGAGCAUGACGAAGUCCAAGAGUUUGUUUCAGAAUCUCAUCAGACCCUUCAGAAUCGGUUCCUCCAGAGCGAUUCGAUCAUUUGUUCGAUUAGAGAGCCAGGGCGAGGAGGAUUUGGAGCAGAUUGCAGCUAAGGAACAGAAGCUUAUUCCGUUCGAAACCUUAGUUGAAGCCACCAACAAUUUUCACCCGAAUCACAAGCUUGGCGAAGGUGGUUUUGGUCCAGUUUACAAGGGAAAGUUAAAGGAUGGAAGAGAGAUUGCAGUUAAGAAGUUAUCUCAUUAUUCAAAGCAAGGGAGAAAAGAGUUCAUGACUGAGGCCAAGUUGUUGGCUCGUGUGCAGCAUCGGAAUGUCGUCAAUUUGUUGGGAUACUGUGCACAUGGAACAGAGAAACUACUAGUUUACGAAUACGUAACGAAUGAGAGCCUCGACAAGCUUCUCUUCAAAUCCAUCCGACGAGGAGAUCUUGAUUGGAAGAGGAGAUAUGACAUAAUCUUUGGUGUAGCCAGGGGCUUGCAAUAUCUUCACGUAGACUCACAUAAUGUCAUUAUUCAUCGUGACAUUAAGGCAAGCAACAUUUUGUUGGAUGAUAAAUGGGUCCCUAAGAUUGCAGAUUUUGGGAUGGCCCGACUUUUCCCUGAAGAUCAAACUCAUGUUAAUACUCGCGUUGCUGGUACAAAUGGAUAUAUGGCUCCAGAAUACGUAAUGCACGGGCAUUUGUCAGCAAAGGCAGAUGUUUUUAGCUUUGGUGUUUUGGUUCUGGAACUCAUCAGUGGCCAGCGGAACUCGUCGUUUAGUUCAUUUGUUGACGCUGAGAAUCUACUCGAUUGGGCUUAUAAGCUAUACAAGAAGGGCAGGAGCUUGGAGAUCAUGGACCCAACAUUGGCAUCAUCAGCUGUUCCUGACCAAGUUGCAAUGUGCGUUCAGAUAGGAUUGCUGUGCACACAAGGCGAUCCGCAACUACGACCGACCAUGCCGCGUGUAGUUUUGACCCUCUCAAGGAAACCUGGUGCUCUGGAGGAACCAACGAGACCGGGAAUACCCGGUUCUCGGUAUAGACGAUCUCGUAGAACAAGUGCAUCGUCAUCCGCUGCUGGAACUUCUGGUGCAUCUGAUUCCUAUGCUUCAACGACCAAUACCGUUACUGGAACUAUAACUGCAACUGCAACUGCUACCGAAACUGCAACUGCUGCUGAAACUGCUUCUGCUUCGACUUCAGUUAGUCGAGGAUUCGAUACUCGUGGGAAACGUCCCAUAGAAGGUUAGGGCUUUUUUCUAUUAGGAUCAUUCUUUGUGUUUAUAAGUUUUGUAUCCUUAGUUAUGUUAGAAUGUAAAUGUUGAGUUGGAAAGCUUUUGCUGAAAGUGUAGUUGGAUCGCCAUUCUGAUUCCCCCUUUCUCAUCAUUUGGAAAGAAGAGAUUCAAUUCAAUUUCUUAUCAGAUCUUUUUUUUGUACAGUAUUUUAUUUUUAGCCUUUAUCCCCAAUGUAAAAAGAAUAGAAAAUCUGUACAUCUGUAGUUUGAUUAGGAGGGGGAGAAAAAACAGUAUUGAUUUUGAUAGGUAAUAAGUUAAAUUACUAUUUUAGCCCC